CAACCGUAUAUAGUUAUCUCUUGGCUUUAGGGUUUCUCUCUCUCUCAGGAACUCAAAGCUCGAGCCUUUCGCAGUUGCAGCUUCUCCGUCUAUCUCGCCGUCGUCAACAUGGGUAAGACACGUGGUAUGGGAGCUGGGCGAAAGCUGAAGAGGCUUAGGAUAAACCAGAGGUGGGCGGACAAGCAGUACAAGAAGUCUCACCAAGGCAAUGAGUGGAAGAAGCCAUUUGCUGGAUCUUCUCAUGCCAAGGGAAUCGUCCUUGAGAAGAUUGGUAUUGAGGCCAAGCAGCCUAACUCUGCCAUUCGUAAAUGUGCUAGAGUUCAGCUGAUCAAGAACGGCAAAAAGAUUGCUGCUUUCGUUCCUAACGAUGGUUGCUUGAACUACAUUGAAGAGAAUGACGAAGUGUUGAUUGCUGGGUUUGGGCGUAAAGGUCAUGCCGUCGGAGAUAUUCCCGGUGUUAGAUUCAAGGUGGUGAAGGUCUCUGGUGUCUCACUCUUGGCUCUUUUCAAGGAGAAGAAGGAGAAGCCUAGGUCUUAGAGUCUCUACUACUGCUUCUCACCCUUAUUUUGUUAAUGGAUUUUGAUAUAUCUUAAGACAUUCCUCUGUUCUGCUCAAAGAUAAUCUGUUUGGAUUCAGUUUACACUUUUGAGUAUUCUCUCUCCCUGCGUUCUCAAUUUCUCUGUUUUUACCAUUGAAUACUCAUUUGAUUCUAUUGACAUCUUGAAAAACUAGA